UUGACAGAGAGCUAAGAAGUUCCCGUACUGCGUAGGUUAGUCUACCCGUGUAUGCCAUCGUGAAUCAGUGGAGGCCGACAUCUGCGAUAAAUAAUAUUUUGCGACGAGGAAGAGUGAAUCUUCAAUCUUGAGAGGCAGGUCUGGUGAAUAGCGAAGGAGAGGUAAAUGCGAGAUGGAGGGUAUACAAGGAGUUGCUGCACUGUGCGAAAACCCAAACGAUGUUUUCUUGGACGCCUCGAAACUGUUGCUGACAUAUGCCGACAACAUUCUCAGGAACCCGAGUGAAGACAAAUACAGGUCUAUCCGGAUCGGAAACCCCACGUUUUCCACAAGACUGCUUCCGAUUCCGGGGGCGGUCGAGUGUCUGUUCGAGAUGGGCUUCGAAGAGGUGAUUUUGUUUUCACAGUUGGCGGAGACGCACCUGGUGUUCCCUGCGUCCGCCUCGGUGGACCGUCUGCGCCGUAUCCGGGAGACCAUCGCAGCCGAGAGGGACCAGCGGCUGGGGGCGGGGCAAACGCCCGCCUGUCCCCAGAGCUCCGCCCUCAGCAGUGCCCCGCCCCUGCCGCCCGGCAGCCCCGCCCCUCCGCAGGCCCCGCCCACUUCCCCGGCCCCUCCCACGCCCCAGCCUGCCGCACUGCCCAUCCCCCCCGCCUCCCCCGGCCCCCCCAUCCAACGGGAGAGCAGUGUGAGCUUCUUCCGGACGCUGCAGUCGAACGUGCAGCAUGUGAUGGUGUAUGAGAGCCCCUCCCUGCAGCACAAGGCCCUGGAGCUCAUCCCCCUCCCCCGCCUCACUGCCACUGCCCAGAGCAGGCUGAAGCAGGCCCAGGAGGCUGACCCAGGCUGCGGUCUCUCAGAGCAGGACAUGCUCCUGCUGGAGCUGCUGGGGUGGUUUAAGGGGCAGUUCUUCUCCUGGGUGAACUGCCUGCCCUGCGUGCGCUGUGGGGGCCCCACCCAGUCCCGCGGGGGCCUGCCCCCCUCCCCCGACGAGCUGCGCUGGGACGCAGGGAGGGUGGAGAACCACCACUGCCCCACCUGCCAGAACACCACCCGCUUCCCCAGGUAUAACAACCCUGAGAAGCUGCUGGAGACCAGGAGGGGGCGCUGUGGGGAGUGGGCCAACUGCUUCACCCUCUGCUGCAGAGCGGUGGGGCUGGAUGCUCGCUACAUCUGGGACAGCACAGAUCACGUGUGGACAGAGGUGUACUCGGAGUCCCAGCGACGCUGGCUGCACUGUGACCCCUGUGAGAACGUGUGUGAUAAGCCCCUUCUGUACGAGAUCGGCUGGGGGAAGAAGCUGUCCUACGUCCUGGCUUUCUCCAGAGAGCAGGUGGUGGACGUUACCUGGAGGUACUCCUGUAAGCACGAGGAGGUGCUGACCCGUCGGACGCAGGUGCAGGAACCCUGGCUCAGAGAGACCAUCAACACUCUGAACUCUGCGAGGCAGCAGUCUCUCAGUGUGGAACGGAGGAAGGAGCUGCUGGGAAGGUUGCUGGUGGAGCUGGUGGAGUUCAUCUCCCCCAAAAAGCCCAAGCCGGGGGAGCUGGGGGGGCGCAUCUCUGGCUCGCUGGCCUGGAGGGCCGCCCGGGGGGAGACCUGUCCCGCCACGAAACCGGAGGAGUUCGUGUUCAUCCCCACGGACAUGGAGAAGAGCGAGGGGCGAUUCCACCUGCAGUACAGCGCCAGCGCCGACCGCUACCUGCGCGUGAGCAGCGGCCAGGAGGAGAUGGCGGGAUGGGAGAGUGGGGCCUGGCGCAGGGAGGGCGUGUUCCGGAAGGAGGAGCAGGACUGGAACAUGGUGUACAUCGCGCGCACCGAGGGCUCCCGCUCCGGGAAGAUCAGCUGGAGGUUCGACUGCGGCCCCGCGGGCCUGAGGAUGAGGACGGUGAAGGUCAGAGCGACCGGCCAGACCUUCCAGUCUGGGAGCGUCUGCUGGAGGAUGUGCUCCGGCCAGGACACCAUAGAGUUCCCCGGAGAUGGUGAGAUGCACGUGGCGCAGCGCAUGGCGGGAUGCACGGAGCUGGUGGUGGAGGCGGAGCUGAGCGGGGGCGAGGGGGAGUGCUCCUGGCAGCACGCUCAGCUGUUCAGGCAGAGCCUGCAGGACCCGCAGGAGCCCUCGCUAGAGAUCCUCAUCCAGCUGGAGGAGGCCUGACCGCAGCGGAGACGCUAGCGCCCCCCACAGGCACCUCCGCUGUACUGCGUUACUUUUUCAUGACCAGGUUUAGCAGAUAUUUUUUUCUCAAAAUGGAAAGA